AUGGAGCUGCAAGCCGCGCUGCUCGUCGUUGUCGUCGUCCUCGCCGCGUACAUGCCAGUGCUCUUGACGCUGUAUGUUCGCCGGCGGCGGCAGGCGCAUUUGCGUUGCCGGCAGCCGCUCGAUAUGGCAUUCGCUGCCGCCUGUGUCAUGGUCUAUGCGGUCGCCGACCCGCUGCAGCAAGUGAUGAUGCUCUCGCACAAUCUCUCGUGCUACUGGCACGUUGUCUGGGCAGCGUUCAACGUCCUUGGAAGCGCGUGGUACUUGGUCGUCGCCGUGUCGCACGUCGUCCGCUACCGCGUCACCGAAGUCCUCGCGCAGCCGCUGGACCCAGAGCAGCCAUACCCCAAGAUGCGGCUCUAUCGUUUUUUGCUGCAGCGAAGCGUUCAGCGCCGCGCCUGCGCUGCACUCGUGGCGCUCGCGCUGGUCGCGACGCUGAGUGCAUCGGACACAGCUACCCUUCUCAGCCCGUCCAUCAAUGGCUGCUUGACACCGGCCAUGGUCGUCUCGAUCGGUCUCCAGUUUGGUAUCGUCCUUAGCGUCGUGCUCUACGUUGUGUAUGCGUUGCACAGUGUCGACGACCUCGCGGGUUUGCACCGCACGUAUGCGCAGACGCUGCUGCACGUCGUGGGCGUGCUCUGGCUGCUCGGGUUUGUCACGUUUUCCGAGUCGCAGUUUCAAUGGACGCUCCUGCGAACGUACAACAUCAAGACGAUGGUCACGACGCUUCUCGCGCACCUUUUGUUUUACUUCAACAUUGUCCAGCCAAUGGCAUUGCUGCGUGCCACGCGGGUCCACGACGCAAUAGGUAGUGGUGACACGACCGCGUCACGCUCGCUGCACGAGCUCGCGAGUUUUCGCAAGUACCUCGAGGAGCCGGCCGGGCUCGACGACUUUAUUGCGUACUGCCGGCUCGCCUUGCGAUUAGAAGACAUUUUGGCGUACACGACGCUCUGGAACUUUAUGACGCAGCUCACGACGCGUGACGCCGCAAUCGCUGUCUAUGACGAGUGCUUGGACCAAAGUGGACCGCUCGUGACACCGAGUGCGGCCAAGUGGCGCGACUACUACCGGUCGCAGCUCGCGAACCCGCAUGGGCUUCAGAACCGCGCGCCCACGAGCGCGCGCGGACCUGACGUGUUGCCGUGGGACUUGUACUCGCCGUUCCUCAACGACCUCCUCGUCUCGAUGUUCAACGACCUCGUGCCCGACUUUACGCGGCAUUCGCUUGGGCUUUCGUGGCGCGAGUUUCGCUACGAACACUUGCACGCGUCGCAGCGCUGCAUCUCGGGGGGCCCGUCGCUCGCGGCGAUCGUCUCGAUGCCCCUGGCACCGAUUCCCAUGUCGACGAUCUCGUCCCGGUUUCAUGAUGACGAGACGUGA